AUGGCUCAGCAAAAGCAGGCAUCAAUCAGCAUCCUGAAGGCAUCAUCAGAAGAUGGCUCAGCAACAGCGGGCAUCGAUCAGCAUUCUGGACCAGAGACGAAAGGAGCACUUUCCUGCAGCCCACCUGUGGAAAAUCACAGGACCUCUCAUCCCAAAAGGAAAACUCGGAUGCCAAGUGGACAACCGAGCCCCAACCCUCCCCCCUGCGCUCCUUUAUUCAGACCAGAGGAUGAACUGGAGCACCUGACAAAGAAGAUGCUGUACGAUAUGGAGAACCCCCCUUCGGAUGAAUACUUUGGCCGUUGUGCACGUUGCGGAGAGAAUGUCGUGGGGGAAGGAACCGGCUGCACGGCGAUGGACCAGGUCUUCCACGUCGAGUGCUUCACCUGCAUGACCUGUGGCAACAAGCUCCGGGGCCAGCCGUUCUACGCCGUGGAGAAGAAGGCCUACUGCGAGCCCUGCUACAUCAAUACCCUGGAGCAGUGCAGUGUCUGCGCCAAGCCCAUCAUGGAACGGAUCCUGCGGGCCACCGGGAAAGCCUACCACCCCCACUGCUUCACCUGCGUGAUGUGCCACCGCAGCUUGGACGGCAUCCCUUUCACCAUGGACGCCGGAGGCAACAUCCACUGCAUCGAGGACUUCCACAGGAAAUUUGCCCCUCGGUGUUCUGUCUGUAAGGAGCCCAUCAUGCCUGCCCAGGGCCAGGAGGAGACAGUCCGCAUCGUGGCCUUAGACCGGGACUUCCAUGUGCAGUGCUACCGCUGUGAGGACUGCGGUGGGCUCUUGUCCGAAGGAGACAAUCAAGGCUGCUAUCCUCUGGACGGCCACAUCCUCUGCAAAACCUGCAACUCGGCCCGGAUCCAAGCCCUCACGGCGAAGGCGAGCACCGACCUCUGAGCACACUCAUCCCCCUAGGGAGAGUGGCACGGCCUUCUCCUCUUGGGCUGCUGGAAGGGCUUUUUCUUGAGAAUUUAAUCCUGAGCAGU